UUUCCAGUCCGGACACUUUCACCCCCUUCCAUUCCGGGACACUUUCACCCCCUUCCGGUCCGGACACUUUCACCCCCUUCCAGUCCGGACACUUUCCCCCCCUUCCAGUCCGGGCACUUUCACCCCCUUCCAGUCUGGACACUUUCCCCCCCUUCCAGUCCGGACACUUUCCCCCCCUUCCAGUCCAGACACUUUCACCCCCUUCCUGUCCGGACACUUUCACCCCCUUCCUGUCCAGGCCAAUUUUCAGCUUUCAGCGCUAUCACACUUCGAAUGACAAUUGCGCGCGGUCAUGCAACACUGUACCCAUAUGAAUUUUUGUAGCAUUUUUU